AUGGAGUGGAUCCACCGYAACGUGAGUUACUGGUUAGUAGAGCACCCGGUGGUGAGAGAUUUCGAGUGGAAGGAAGGGGAGACAUGGGGCUCUUCACCCAAGUUCACCGCAACAGCGGUCAUCACCUACCUCUCCAUCGUCGGAAUCCUCCACAAAGCCUACCUCUCCACCAAAUCAAUGACUAAAACCCUACCCACCACAUCAUCACCACCACCUUUCAUCCGCCUCUUAACCGCCGCGCACAGCCUCUUCCUUGUCGUCCUCUCCCUCAUAAUGGCCCUGGGCUGCAUUCUCUCCACCAUCGCCCAGAAGCCCAACAACCGCUGGAUCUUCUGCUUCCCCUACGGCACCCGACCUCGAGGGCCGGUCUUCUUCUGGUUCUACGUGUUUGGUCUCUCCAAGGUCGUGGAGUUCAUGGACACUCUACUCAUCAUCCUCGGAAAAUCAAAACGCAGGCUUACGUUCCUCCAUGUCUACCAUCACACGAUAACCGCACUAAUGACUCCGUUGGGGUUCCGGGCGCCGAUGUCGCUCAUCCCAAUAGCCAUGGUUACCAACUGCUCGGUGCACGUACUGAUGUACACGUAUUACAUGCUGUGUGCGCUUGGGCGGCGACCGUGGUGGAAGAGACUAGUGACCGAUAUUCAGAUUGUGCAGUUCAUCUUGAGCUUUCUGGUUUCGGCGGUGAUGCUCUGGUACCAUUUUAUGGGGGAUGGGUGCACUGGGUUCCCGAUUUGGUGUAUAAGUGCAGUUAUCAGUGCUUCCUUUUUGGCUCUCUUCCUUGAUUUCCGCACUAAAAACUACUCUUCCGGACGGAGUACUGUGAGAGGGGGGCAGAAGAAAGAAGACAACAAAGGCGAGCAGGAAAAGGAAAACUAA